AUGAAGAAUCUUUUACUUUUGUCGUCCCUCCUGGGUGGCUUUACACCCCUUACGACUGCCCUGCUCGAGAGCCGUGCUACCGGGUUCCAGCUCGUCACCAGCAAGCAGCUGGAAGGCUCUACACUCAACUCCAACUGCCAGCAGGUUCUCCAGCAGACGAUUCAGUGCGAUGAAUACGUCGCCAACUUUCGGGAGAGGGGCUACCGCGGUUCUCUCGACUCCUCAGCACUGACCGACAGCGUCUGCCAGGCCACAUGCGAGAGAUCUCUGCUCAACGCCAGGAGACGCCUCGCCGCCGUCUGCGCUUCAACACCUGAUCUGAUGCCCGGAUACCCGGUCGCGACACUCAUCGAAACCACCAUUGCCGGCUGGAACGAGACAUGCCUCAAGGACAAGGACACGGGAAAGUACUGCAAUGACAUUAUCGAUGCUUUUGAGGAUUACGAGAGCCUCGAAGCCAUGCCAAACGCGCAGCUGUGCUCCUAUUGUUACGGAGCCAAGUUGCGCAUGAUGCAGCAGUCGCCCUACUCUUCGUACGAUGAGCUCUUUGCUCAGACACUUGAAACCGUCAAUAAGCGCUGCAAUGUCAAGGGACCAACCGAUACGCUUCCGCCGCCCAUCAACGUCAACGUCACCAAACCCAGCGAGUGCAGCAGCAAGCAGACGUACAAGACGCGCGACGGCGACACCUGUGACAGUAUCGCCCUGGCAAACUCUGUAUCGGCAGCAUCUCUCUUCUUCCUCAACCCUGACCUGCUCAACUGCAGCAGUGUGCCCGCAGGCCUGCAGCUCUGCCUGCCGGAGAAGUGCAGCGAACUAUACACAGUCAAAAACAAGGACGAAGACUGCGUGGUGAUUGGCGUACAGCACGGCACGUCGUGGGCCAAGCUGGUCAAGUGGAAUCUGGCGCUCAAGGAUAACUGCCGCAACAUUUACGGCACUGACCCCUUCUGGGGACGGGUCAUCUGCGUUAGCCAGCCCGGCGGCGAGUACACCGACCCUGGCUCCGGAGGCACGACUCCUGGCAACGGCGACAUUGGCGGCGAGGGAGGCUCUGGUGACGGUUACGCCAGCCAUGUAGUCCCCGCGCCUGAGGGAGCCCAGGUGGCUGAGGGGACGACCAAGAAUUGCGGCAGGUAUAUCCAGGCCGAGAAGGGGGUCAGCUGCCCCAGUCUGCUCGCCAAGCGUGCCAUGCCGAUGGAUCUGUUCCUCAAGAUUAAUCCCUCACUCGGGUCCAUUGCUGAGUGUGACGGCAAGGUUGUGCCCGGCUUGUGGUACUGCCUGAAUCCCGUUCACGGCUGGGAGCAAGUGUCAUCGUGA